AUGAUAUCACUAGGUCAAAUUUUGAUAGCCCUUUUAGCUGCUUUUAUAGUAUUAUUUUUAGCUCUCAGAUUAGCUAGAGCACUGUAUGCUUCAUAA